GGAGAAAAAUCUAAGCAGCUUCACUGCAGGGCAGUUGAAGUGGAAGAAAAUCAGAAGCCAAGAUAGGACCUCACUGGCCGUGACACUAGAAAGAGAGCAGCUUCUGCAUGAUGACCAACCCAAGCUAUGAAACCCAUAUUCCUGUCCCCCCCAAAUCCUUCUCCUUAUCCUGAACAAAAACCUCAGGAAGAGUCUGAUUCACUUAAAUUCCACGUUGAAUCAACAUCCUCUCUGGGCUAUGGGGCGGCUUCCUCAGUGCCACUACCGCCACCACCACAGUAUCAGAUGUACCAGGAUCCAUCUUCUGCAAAGCCCCAUCAAGAUCUGUUUGUUGAGUCUCAGGAGGAUGUCUUUAUUUCACACAUCCAGACCACCAAUGAGCCUGACUACCUGCGCUACUCCAUCUGCACCAUGUUGUGCUGUUUCCUACCCUUUGGAAUUGUGGCUGUGAUUUAUUCCAUAAAGACUCAAGAAUCCAACCGAAAUGGAAACUAUACAACUGCUCGAGAGAACUCCAGGCUGGCCCGCAUAUUUAUCUAUUGGGCAGUUGGCGUCGGGCUCAUUUUCUGGACCCUGUACACCAUCUUAAUUUCACGCAGCUUCUAAGCUUCCAACGGUUAGACAUCCAAGUGAAGUCCGUUGGAACAUCAGGCAUUACAUGGGGCUCUUAUCCCACAGCUUUACCCAAAAGCCUUAGUUGGGGCUAACGUUGUCGGCAUCAUUCCAUUCAUAUGCACAUGAACUGACUUGAUGAUCAGCAGUGGAGCAUGAGAACUUCAAAGUCUUGCACCUGAGCCAACUUUUAACAUUCUGAAAGUUCUCCCUAGCAGUAACCCAUCCAACAUCAAGUGAUAAAUCUCAUGUGUGAUGCAACUCUAUGGUAUCAAAAGAUCUCCAGAUGAAGGUCAUAGAAGGUCCAUUGGCUACCUGGAACAAUAUCAUUUUAGCUAGGGUUAUUAGUUUGUUUCUUACAUGUGUAUAAUUUAUAUUUCUUCUGGCAGUUCAAGAUCUAAUCUAUGGAUUUUCCUCUCCCUUUUGUUUAUCCCCAAAACAACAAUGCUGUGACAGCACACAACCAUUCAAUCUGCUCUAUAGUCAAACGUGAAAUUCAAUGUGGGUCUUCCCUAGCCAACAUCUUAACUACUACUGCUACACCAGACUGGUCCUUCUGUUCAAUGAACUGAUCAGUUACCUUUGUAUUGUCAAGGAAAACAAUGGAAUGUUAAUGUGAGUUUCAGCCAGUAACAGAAUAUUUUUUUCAUUCAUCUGACCAUUUUUUCGUUUUAUUCCACAGUUGGCCUUUAAACGGUGGGCUUCAAAAUGACAUUUGAAUUAACUUAUGUAAGUUUAAUUGCAAUCAGUUGGAUUCAAUAUCUACUAUAUAUUUGAGCAUAUCCCCUCUAGUCCCGUAACAUUUCAGCACUAUUUUUCCCAGAGGUUUUAGGAACUGCUUCAAGGAUCUAACCUAGUGAGGACAUUAAAUUUCCAGAAGAUGUUUGGGACUACAGCUUCCAUGAUCAUUAGCCAUUCAAAUAUCUGGACAGCUCCCACUUGCUCUCUCGUGCUCCUAGUGCUAGUCCUAGUGCUCCUAUCUAGCCAACCCAGCUUCAACAGUAAUUCCCCUCAAUAUUUCAUAGAUGAAAACAAGAGAUCUUUUACCUUGAUCUCUACAUAGCUUGGCCCCUUAAGAUUCAUGCAAAUGAGUGAGAUCUGGGCCUGCACUUGAAUGGGUUGAUUCUGCAAGAGGCUUUCAUCAGCUAUUUUGGGCACUUCUUGGCACUAUAUCAAUCAAUAAAUCAAUGCUGUAA